AAAACAGACGCGUGACGCCAAUUACCUGCUAAUUAUUGGCAUGCUCUGCUAUUAGGGAGACAAAGCAUCUCAUCAUGCCAGUGCAUUGUUGAUUGUUAUAGCCUUCCUCCAGAGGGUGUCUGUAUCUGCACUCAGCCUAGACUAGUGAAUGAUGAGAAGGAGGACAGAAGGGGAGGAGGAGGAGGAGGAGCAGCAGCAGCAGCUCGAAUGAGUGACUCCACAGCUGGAAGAGCACUCACAGAAGCGUGCAUUGCUGUUAAUGGUGUGGUGGAAAACGCUAUAUUACUUCAGUGCAAAACACUUUUGGAGGACCCUGUCAAGAUCUGGAAGAACUCUGGACCCCGGACCAGGAUGGAUGCUUCACUGAUGCUCCUUGUCUUGAUGACCCACAGAUAUAUACCAAAGGUGUUGUCUCUGCAGAUGUGUGAUAUUGUGAAUGAGAUCGAGUUGGAGAGGGAGCGCUGCGAGAACAGCACAUCUAGCAAUGUCACAUCAGGUUGCCAAGGCAUGUGGGACAUUGUCGCCUGUUGGCCCUUGGCCAGUGUGGGAGAAGUGGUCACAAUACCAUGCCCGGCUUAUUUCAGCUACUUCAGCGACCAGCACAAAGGAAAUCUCUCCAAAACGUGUACACCAGAUGGCUGGACAGAGAUGCACCCCGUGGACAUUGCCCUGAACUGUGGCUACAAUCUCAACAGUACCAGUGAUGAUGGAAAGUUCUUCUGGCAAGUGAAGAUCGGAUACACCAUAGGCCACAGCGUCUCCCUCCUCUCCCUCACCACUGCCAUUUUCAUCCUCUGCAUCUUCAGGAAGUUACAUUGUACCAGGAACUACAUCCACAUGCACCUGUUUGUGUCCUUCAUCCUGAAGGCCGUUGCCGUUUUCAUCAAGGAUGUGGUCCUCUAUGAGGUGGGCGAGGUGGACAACUGCGCCACAAGCUCGGCUGGCUGUAAGGCAGUGAUAGUGUUUUUCCAAUACUGCGUCAUGGCCAGCUUCUUCUGGCUGCUGGUGGAAGGCCUCUAUCUCCACGCCUUACUGUCUGUGUCCUUCUUCUCGGAGAGGAAGUACUUUUGGGCAUACAUCUUCAUCGGCUGGGGAGGGCCGGCCAUUUUCAUCAGUGCUUGGAGCCUGGCCAAAGCCUACUAUAAUGAUAUUGGGUGCUGGGAUAUAAUAGAGAGCACGGAUGUCUUUUGGUGGAUCAUCAAAACUCCCAUUUUGGCAUUAAUCCUGAUUAACUUCAUUCUCUUCAUCUGCAUCAUCCGAAUACUGCGUCAGAAGAUCAACUGCCCAGACAUUGGAAGGAAUGAGUCAAACCAGUACUUGAGGCUGGCCAAGUCCACACUGCUCCUGAUACCACUGUUUGGAAUCAACUUUAUCGUGUUUGCAUUCAUUCCUGAGCAAGUCAAGACAGAGCUAAGGCUUGUCUUUGAUUUGAUCCUUGGCUCAUUUCAGGGCUUUGUGGUGGCCGUUCUCUACUGCUUCCUCAACGGAGAGGUCCAGGCUGAGAUCAAGAGGAAGUGGCGGCGAUGGCACCUGCAGCGAUACAUGGAUUCUGACACCACUAAGUACCAGCACCCGUCCAUUGGCAACAGUCACAACUUCAGCACGCAGAUCAGCAUGAUGACACGCUGCAGCCCCAAAACACAACGUGCCCCCUCCUCUUGCCACGAGGACCUUACCAGUAUAUGAAUCAGAAUAACCAACACCAUGUCAGGCUGGAAUAAAUCCUUCUCCAUUUGACAAGGGAUUCAAAGAGCAUUUAAUCACCUCAUGUUUGAAUAAAUAAAGCAUUCUUCUUUUUCUUGAACUGACCUUUACUGCAUAAGAGUCAUAAGAGAUUGAAUAUAAUCAAUAAAAAUAGGUUAUAUCAGCCUCAUCACAUGGUGGUCUGCAAAACUUCUCUUGGAACAAAUUACCGGUAUCCCAAUAAAAAAAA